UCUCUCUCUCUGUGUGUGUUGUAGUCACCAUGUCACAGGUCCAGCAGGGUAUGGCAUUGCUCAUCUCAGCCUUCCACAAGUACUCUGGCAAGGAGGGCGACAAGACGACCCUGAGCAAGGGAGAACUCAAAGAUCUGCUCAACGCAGAGCUUGGAGAGAUCAUGGGGAAAAACACUGACCAGGCAAAGGUUGACAAGAUCUUCAAAGAUCUGGACGCAAACGCAGAUGGCAGUGUGGACUUCCAGGAGUACGUCACACUGGUGGCCUGCCUCACCAUGAUGUGCAAUGAGUUCUUCACCAAGAAGUGAAACAGCUCCCCCUGCCCACUCUCCACAGAACAGCAGCUCUUGCUCCAUGAGUGAAUUCAUGAUAAGAUUAGCAAGAUCCUCAAUGCAGGUUCAGAGGGUCAGAGAUGCAGGUUUACACACAUACACAGAAAAAGGGUUGGGUUGGUUAUACACACCACACAUAGACAGACAGG